UCUCCGACCGUGAGGUUGUGUUCAAAGGAAAAGUCCAAGCAAAAUGCUUUAAGUUUUGUUAAAAAACUCAAACUUAUAGCAAUUAAUUGCACAAAAAAAACAGAGAAAGCACCAACAAAAUGUGGCAUUGGAGUUUGUUGUGUGUUUUUCUGCUGGUUCCGUUGGCAAACUCCACGGCUCCAAUAAGUUUUGAGGCAAAUCCGGACACCAAACGUCUCUAUGAUGAUUUGUUGAGCAACUACAAUCGGUUGAUUAGACCCGUUGUGAACAACACGGAGACCCUUACGGUUUGGCUUGGUCUGAAAUUGUCUCAGCUGAUUGAGGUCAACUUGAAGAACCAGGUGAUGACCACCAAUCUGUGGGUGAAACAGCGCUGGUUCGACUACAAGUUACGUUGGGAUCCGGAGGAAUAUGGUGGAGUUGAACAACUCUACGUACCCUCUGAACAUAUUUGGGUGCCCGACAUUGUGCUUUACAACAAUUGGGAUGGAAACUAUGAGGUAACUCUAAUGACUAAAGCCACUCUGAAGUACACAGGCGAAGUAUUUUGGGAACCACCGGCUAUUUACAAGUCAUCCUGUGAAAUGAACGUGGAGUACUUCCCCUACGACGAGCAAAUUUGCUUUAUGAAGUUCGGUUCAUGGACCUAUAAUGGAGCCCAAGUGGAUCUAAAACAUUUGGAUCAGGUUCCUGGCAGUAAUCUUGUCCAAGUGGGCAUAGACUUAACCGAGUUUUAUUUGUCUGUGGAAUGGGACAUACUUGAGGUACCAGCUACCAAGAAUGAAGAAUACUAUCCCGACACUUUGGAACCGUUUUCAGAUAUAACAUUCAAGUUGACCAUGCGGCGAAAGACUUUGUUCUACACGGUUAAUUUAAUUGUGCCAUGUGUGGCUUUAACUUUCCUCACGGUGUUGGUGUUUUAUUUGCCAAGCGAUUCCGGCGAAAAGGUUACGUUAUGUAUUUCAAUACUCGUGUCGUUGACCGUGUUUUUCCUGCUCUUGGCCGAAAUUAUUCCGCCAACCUCGUUGGCGGUGCCUCUGUUGGGCAAGUAUCUGCUCUUUACCAUGAUACUCGUCUCGCUGUCCGUCUGGACAACCGUCUGCGUCCUGAACAUCCACUUCAGAUCCCCCUCGACGCACAACAUGUCGCCGCUGGUGCGGAAACUCUUCCUGCACUUCAUGCCCAAGCUGAUGAUGAUGCGCCGGACGCAAUAUACCCUUCCCGAUUACGACGACUCCACGCCGAGCAACGGAUACACCAACGAGAUCGAUGUGCGUGACAGCAUCAGCGAUUUUCCCAGCGAGUUUAAGGAUAGUCAGGACGGCGCUUACGAUAAUGGCAUGCAGAACUCUGUGGAUUCCGACAAUGUGAUACCGCGCAACUUAACACCCGAAGUGCUGCAGGCGCUGCGAGCGGUCAGAUUUAUUGCGCAGCAUAUCAAGGAUGCCGACAAGGAUAACGAGAUUGUGGAGGACUGGAAGUUCGUAUCGAUGGUGCUGGACCGCUUCUUCCUCUGGCUCUUCACGUUAUCCUGUGUCUUCGGAACGCUGGCCAUUAUAUGCCAGUCGCCUUCUCUAUAUGACACCCGGUCGCCCAUCGACCGCCAGCUGAGCGAGAUUCCGCUGCGCAAAAACAAUUUCAUGCUGCCGCCGGACAUUGUCCGUCAAGUCCUAACCUAAUUGGGGUCCCGAGGUCUUCCCGUCUGAGUUAACAAUGCUUCCGAGUCGAGGAACUGUUUUUAUGGAUCGCAAUCAAAUCAGUUGUUUCCUGGGCGUACUGGGAAUACGAUUUAUGUUUAAGUGUUUAUCACCCUGCAAUACUGUAAAACCGAAUUAGCUAUAAAAAAAACGAAACUAAAUAAAAAAUUCAAUUUGAAAUGGGAAAGACCCGAUUUAAAUAUGAAUACAAGUUUAAUAAAUUGAGAUAAGCAUUUGUGAGAAGCAUUUGCCAGUUGCUAUCAAACCAAA